AUGGCCGAAGUCGAGGAGCCCAAGUUCAACAGCCUCCAGGAGAGAAUUGCUGCCCUGAAUUCUCAGAAGAACUUCCAGGCUCCUGAGGCCAAACCCAAGAGGGCGCCGCCUCCUCCUCCGCCCAAUCGCCCUGCGGCUCGAAGCCAGACGCUCCCUGUUGUCCAGACGAACGGACAACCGACCCCUCAGAAAAGUCCCUCGAUCCCUCCACGACCGACUAAGACGAAGACAAACCCGCCGCCGUUGCCACGUCGAACCACUGAUUCCCCUCAGCUCGAGCCAUCUGCGCCGCCCGUUCAGAGGGAUCGAAUCGCUCCCCCACCGCUUCCCACUCGCUCCUCUACUCAGCAGAUCUCACCCGCUCUACCGCCUCGGAGGCCGUCAACUCAGCAACUGGAAGUCCGUCGCAACUCGAAUGCUUCAGAGAUCUCUAACCUGUCGGCUCUGUCCCUGAACACUAGCCACACUAGCUACACCUCUGAUGGUUCAACACGGAAGCUCCCACCUGUCUUCGACCAGGCCAAUCUCCCGGCUUUGCCUCCCACAAAGCGUGAGCGGGAAGCUCAGGCGAAAGAAGCGGCCGCUAGAGACCCGCCUCAGGCUAAACAUCCCCUCGUCACCAUCAAGUCUGCACCUGCUGUCAGACAGAUCGAGCAGCCUCAGAGACCCGCCUUGCCUCCUCGAUUGACUUCAAACUCGACCAGUCAACAGGUUCACAGGUCGCCCCAGGAAGAAGCAGAGCCAGCAAAGCCAAGACGACUGCCACCGCCUCCGACGGCGUAUGUCAAGCCGCAAGCGCAGACAAACGGUCACGUUCAAACGCAGCAAUCAAACACGCCUCCCUUGCCGGGUAGACGGCCAGCUGCCAACGAUGACGCCCCUCCUCCCGUGCCCCUGGCUUCUCGACCUAGUGCUGCGCAAAUCGAGGCAGUCGAAGCCAAGAUCACUGCACGCGCCAACGACUGUUUGAUCUGCCGCGACUUCUCCGGACCAGACGGAGUCGCUGCUCAGUACCCGCGACAGUCAUUGCCGAGGAACGACCCCGUAGGCUACCUAGCUCAGAUGCUAUGCGGACCUUUCUCGUCAUACACAGACAAGGCGAGGGCCAUCUUCACCUGGUUCCACCACAACGUCGCAUACGACUGCGCCGCCUUUUUCGGUAACAACAUCAAAGCCCGUCCCGGAGCCGAAACCAUUCUCUCGGGCAAGGCGGUCUGCUCUGGAUACGCCGACACGUACCGGGAGAUUGCGAACCGCGCAGGUCUGGAGUGCAUUACGGUGACCGGGCACGGUAAAGGUUAUGGGUACACGGCGCUGAAGAAGGGCGAGCGCCCUCCGCCGAGGAAGGUGGACGGCCAUGCUUGGAACGCCGUACGCAUUGAUGGCGGAGAAUGGAAACUCCUCGAUGCCUGCUGGGGUGCUGGAAACGUCUCCGACGUAACCAAGGAAUUCACUCCCGACUUCAAGCCGCACGAGUUCACGAGGAGAAACGACAUCUUUGGUCUGUCGCAUUACCCGGCGGACAACAGACACUUCUUCCGACCCGACGGACGCGUGCCGAGCUGGGAGGAGUACUACAUCGGCCCCGUCCACGGAGAGACGCCCGUCGUCUACAGCCACGCGUACGAGGAGGGCAUCUGGGACAAGUCGAUCCAGCCCGCGGAGCUCCAGAUCCCCGUCUACAGCGGCCAGGUCGUCCGCUUCCAGUUCUCCAAGAUGUGCGAGCACUGGACGUCCGAGAAGCACGGCAAGGGCAAGCCGCCCCUGCUGAUGCUCAGCAUCAACGGCCGAGACGGGCGGAAGCAGGACAUGGUCCCCAUCGAGACCGACGGGUACUGGCACUGGGCGGACGUGAGCGCCAUCGAUCUCGGCGUGCCGGGCGGCAGCAUCAGCGUCGUCAUGAUCACGACGAUUGGCGACCGCGACGCGAGGGGCGUGUCCGCCAAGGAGUACUUCUCGAAGAAGGGCAAGGUCGGCAUGAGCUGGACCGGUAUCAUGAAGUGGGAUCUCAUCUAG